AUGGGAAAGAUGGUGGGAGACGACUCGGUUCCCUUGGUCCCCGCUGCUAACGCUAGCGAAGAAGACGUCUCCCCUUUGAAAGCAGUUUUCGAUGCUUUAGACCAGGACGGAGAUGGCUUCGUUCGAAUCGAGGAGUUUAUGGAGUUCGCAGCAGCGUAUGGGGCAGAUCAGGUGAAAGAUUUAACCAAAUUUCUGGAUCCUAGUGGUCUGGGAGUGAUCAGCUUUGAGGACUUCCAUCGUGGGAUAUCGGCGAUUAGCAACGGAGGCCCGGAACCGCAGCUGUACGGCGUGAACUACAGCCCAGGAGACGGAGCAGUGGGCUGUCCAGAGGAGUACGACGAGGUGAGCCCUGCCCUGAGCCCUCUCGCUGUAAUCCACCGACCUAUCAUUACUGCAGUAUAA